AUGCCAUACCAGGCCCCCUUUGGUUUCGAUACCCCAUCCCAGGGAUCUACAAUGCCAUCGCCUCACCCCCCGACUCGCGCAGAGCGACUCGAGCUCGAGAGGCAGCAGAUGGCAGUAGAGGUCUUCGGUGGACCAUCUACCAAUGCGAACUACGCCGAGGGAAUCGAUAUGACCAACUGGCUUUGCCAGGUCUGGGGUCUCCCCGGCACCGAAUUCGAGCACCAUGUCAUCAACAUCAAGCUGUACUUUCCCGACAACUAUCCCCAUGUGCCUCCCAUCUGCCAGAUCCUGACGCCGAUCACUCACAGCCAUGUUGAUGACAAGGGCAGAGUGUGGUCUCGCCUGCUUAGCGGUGCGAACUGGGCGUCUGAGAUGUCUGUUAUCGUGGUGCUUCAGCAUAUUCGACUGAUCCUUCAGCACCAGUGUCCCCAGAACACUCUGUGUGCUCUGUGA